UUUUUUUAUCAUGUUGAAAUCUUUCAUCUGUUUUUUCCCUGGUGGAGAUUGACUUCUCUAAUGGUGAAAGAAACGUAUCCAGGGAAUCCAUCUCCCAUUACUUCAGUCAAGGGACGAGUCAAAACAGGAACAAAAUGGCUGCGACUGGAGACGACGCCACUGCAAUGGACAGCAUCUCUAGGGUACCAGCGGCCCAUGCAGUGGCUCCGAACCUGACUGCAGGCGCCGUCGGUCAUACAGAAGGGCUGGAGGAUGCAGCGGACAGCCCGGCGUCCGCUCCAAGGAAGCCGCACACCAACAGUGACGGUGGUGUGGAGACAGCAGAGGAGGCUGUAGAGCCUGCAGAGCCUGACAUCAAUGAGUUGUGCACUGAUAUGUUUGAAAAGAUGGCCAUCUUCCUGCAAGGAGAACUCACAGCCACCUGCGAGGAUUAUCGUCUGUUGGAGAACAUGAACAAACUAACCAGUUUGAAGUACAUGGAAAUGAAGGACAUCAGCAUCAAUAUCAGCCGCAACCUGCAGGAUCUCAACAACAAGUAUGCAAGCCUACAGCCCUACUUGGACCAAAUAAAUCAGAUUGAGGAGCAAGUGUCUGCACUUGAACAAGCUGCUUACAAACUGGACGCAUACUCGAAGAAGCUGGAGGCCAGAUUCAAAAAACUGGAGAAGCGAUGAGGGGGAAGAAGAGGCAGACUGAGAGUUAUGGUGCCUUCUCACCUUCUUUCACCCUGCUUUGCCUUAGUCCCUCCUUGCCAGGCGAACCAGGAGCUGCGGGCAGGAUGUGAACUGAGACUGAAACAACAAACAGUCAGAGCCACUUUGACACCUAGAACUGACCAAGGAGGAAGCAGCUGAGGGCACAUCAAUUAGUACUGCAGUGCUUGGCAUAGAUUUAACUUCUGUAUCACUGUUUUUGGCAGCAGUUGUGCAGCCAAGAUGUAUCAGAGUGUACGGUGUAUAUCCACAUUCUAUUGCAGAUACACUUUAUGUUGAAUAAAUCUGCCUAACGACCAACAUAUCCUAAUUGAUUGGUGGAAUCUGAGUGUACUAAUAAUACUAAACAAGUGUAUUUAUAUAAUGACACUGGUGUCAUUUGUAGAUAAUUUACAUGAUGAAGCAUGCUCAUAGUUUUGUUUAUAAUAAUGUCCCAGCCCUCUUAUUUCAGACAGCCAACCCCCUGACAGGUAAAAUUCAACUCAGUAAUAGUAGCCUGAUAUCUAUGAUGGGAGACUAUUCUUUCAUGUCAAAGAUUGUUUGCCUGGGCAGUGUGAACACCUCAUUCUGUAAAAGUUAUUGAGAGUUUACUGUUUUAAAAGCUACUGUGUAGAGAGCUGAAAAUCACACUAGCUUUGUAGAAUGAGUUUUAAGUUUGUAAUUUUAAGAGUCAGAUAUUUGAUAUGAAUGGACUAUUGUAUUAUGUGUAUUUUGAGACUGACACUGAAAACUGGAGGCUUUUAAAAUAAACUAUGAUGUAUCUAUCA